AUGGAGUUGUCUCUUUGUUCAUACGGUGCACAAAAUGAAAGUGAUUGUUCAUCAUUACGAAACCGACCUAUCCAAAUAGAUGCUGAAGAUUUCGUAUGUGAGUCUAGAACCAUCCGUCAAAACUAUGAAGUAUGGCACUCAAGUGAUCAAGAUAUUGUUCAUUAUUUGAUCAACAAACAAAAGUUUAAUGGUCGAUGGAAUUUAGACGAUGAUAUUAUCAAGAACUUAACAGGAAAAUCUCUUUCAAUUUUCCAAUCAACAAAUCCAAAUAUUGGCCAUCAAAUAUUAAUUUCAAUCAUUAUUAUCAUUGUACUUGAGACCCGAUUUUCUAGCUUUUCCUCAUUAUGGCAUGGUGUUGUUGAAAAAGCCCGUAAACAACUCAUUGAUUUGAUUAAACAAGAUUCAAAAAAUUUUGAUACACUAUUUGGCGAUAUUCUUCAUCAACCAAGUGAUAUUGUCAAUCAAAUUUAUUCACAAAAUCUUAAAUCUUUUAUUCAAAUAUGUAUCUAUGCUAGUAAUGAUAGAAGUUCACUUAUCGAAGNUCUCAAAAAUUUACCUGUUGAUUGUUAUUUUAAUAUUAUUCGUUUUGGAACACAAUACAAAAGUCUUUUUACAGAAAUAACCACUAUUUAUAAUGAAGAAAAUUCACAAAAAGCUGAACAACUCGUUACUAAAAUGAAAGCAGAUUUAGGUGGUACUGAACUAAUGGGUCCUCUUCAAUGGAUUGAACAACAUGCAACAAAUCAAGGUCAUGCUCGUCAAAUAUUUCUUCUGACUGAUGGUGAAAUGUCAAAUGUUACGACACUCCUUAAUUUGUUUAAAGGUCUUGCUCGAUCAACCAAUGGUCGAUUUGUUUUCGUUCCACCAAAUUCAAGUGUCGAUGUAUAUGUAGGAGAACAAUUACAGAGAGCUCUUCAACCAUGGAUUACUAACAUUCAUGUCAAUUGGAACCUUGACGUUAAUGUUCAAAUUCAAACUGCUCCAAAAUAA